AACAUGGAAGGGUACGACCCUUGGAAUCUGUCUGCUUCGAGCCAGAAGUGAAAGUGAGUACCCCACUGCGCUCACCGUGAAAGCACAUAACUCUUAGCCCCCACUUCACAGCCUUUCUCAUUUCCAAUUCAAUACCGCAAUCUCCUACACCAACCACUACGUUUCCACGAUGAGCUCAAGGUUCAAGGUGCCUGCUAAGGCUGACCUGUCGACCUGUAACAGUCCAUAUGAGACUCCUCCAAGCACUUGUUACGAUCACCAAGAUAUGACUACCAUUGUGGUCACAGAUGCCGACAUAGACAAAGAGUACAAGAUCUUUCGCACACUGCUUAUGUGGCACUCGUCGUACUUUGCCGCCGCUCUCGAACCCAACAGUGUACUUGCACCUAGCGGUGGAAAGGCGCUCAAACUCGAGUGUUCCCACGAAGUGUUUGACGCAUUCUACUGUUGGUUGUACAUUGGCAAGCUGAAGGACUCAGUAGUAGAGUCGACAGAAUGCAACGAUAUUUAUCUCUCGGGAUUCCUGCUCUGCAAAAUCUGGGUAUUUGCAGACUGCCGCGGCAUUCCGGAGCUUGGCAAUCGGGCCAUAGAUAUGCUGCAUGAGCGGUGCGUAGCAGCAUGGCAAACACCUGGCCGCAUUGCGUACAUCUACGAGAACACAACGGUUGGCUCCAAGCUCCGUGACUAUCUGAUUCAGUUUCAUGGCUCGACUCGGACGUUUGGGUCUUUACAAGAGGGAUCAGUAAACCAAACGGUUGACUUCUUGCACGAUAUGGUACCUCUGGUCGCAAGCAGGAUGGCAGAGGGUCCUCUGGGUAGAGAUGCGGUCACACGUUGGGAUCGUUGUCAGUGGCAUGAUCAUUCAGGACCGGGAGGCAAACUGAGACUUGAGGGCCGAAAGUAAGGGAGCCUGCCUGAGCGAGAACCAUGGCAAUUAGUUCUGGAGUGUGAGAUCUCAAGAAAACAGCAGAGUAGCUAGGGCGAAUAGUAAUGACA